AUGUUAAAUAGUGAGAAGACAAAUUUUGAACUCUUUCAGGAAACAAAGAAAGGUGUUAAUCGUCAUGUCAUAAUGAUCGUGUAACAAAGUGAAAUCUGAGAUUACCCCAAGAAGAAACCAGCCCCAGACCUUUUGAUACUUUAAAGGUGGAUUUAGGUGGAUUAAGUGUUUUUUUUUAACUAUUAUGAGCCACUGGUUCCCCCUCCACCUUUCUACUCAUGACCUUUGCGAUACCAGUGCAGCGCUCUACCAACUGAGCUAACAAGCCAACCGGGAGCUGGUCAUUAUGUUGGAUCCAAAUAAACCUUCCAAGUGGUGAAUAAUGGCCUUUAAAUUAAUUGAAUUUAGGAACAGCGAGAGACCUCUUUAAAGGCUAUGAUGGAACGGAGAAGGACAGUCUUAUGCAGACGGAGAUUGUCCUCAGAGAAAAAUUGGAAACGCUGAAACGCCUAGAUGAUAUGAUUCUAGAUUUCCUACUCCCCCACCCCCGCCCCUCUCCUUGUUUUUGGCCGUCGAUCGCCCCCCUUGGUACAAAUUCAUUUCUCUCCCCAGUCUUCCGCUGCCAUUAAAAUCAAAGAUGGCGGUUACAAUAUUCGUUAUGAAAUUACUGAGCACUCGCUCGCCAAAAUUAGGCCUGCUCUGCAGGCUAAAAAUGGAGAAGAAAUGAUUGCUGCUUAAAUUGAAGAUUCAGAUAAAGUCAAGGCAGAGAUACGAGGAGCGGUACUCGCGAUCGAAGAGAAGCUGAAAUGA